UCAUGGAUCAUAUCGGAAAUGCGCCUCUGUCCCAUAGAUGGCUGUGGCACUCUGUGCCCCCACGCCCUACUCCCGGAUGGCUGGGUGACAGACAGUGCUCCCCGUCCAGGCCGCUCUUGAACGGAAACUCUAUAAAUCAAGUCAAAGCUGAUGCCUGAGAAGAUGCGCCUGGGGCUCUGCACAGACUUUGAUGCCAAUUAUUCGCAGCAGGCCAUGAGUCGCGCGGCUGAUGGUGUCGAGAACUGCCUCGCUAUCAAGCCCGUGGGAGCUAGCUACCCCAUGCCAGCCCAGGCUGGGCUCGUGCUCUGGGUCUUGGGGGCCGGCACCGAGGGAUGGUCGCUGUCCCAUAUAUCCCGACAGUCUCCCGCAAGGCUGGGGAAAGGCGGGCCCGCCACCUGCGGCCUGGCCUGCUGCCGAGGCGAUUCCUGACAGUGUGCCACUUGGAGUUCGAUUCACAGUCGUGUGUGCUCAUAUGCAUGCUCUGCUCGUGCAGCUACUCGUGUGAUUCAUCAGGCCUCGAUCCCGGAUAUGGCACUAUGGUCGGGCGGCAUGGAUAUAUGGGAGGCAGGGUGCCUAGGAAUUAAGAAAAGAACGGCCGCCUGUGUACAGGUGGCUGGCUGGCUUGGUGGUGGUUGGCAGGCCCUUUCAGUGUUGCUGGUUGGUGCAUGUAGAGAGCCUCGAAGACAGGACCCAGAGUCACGACGAAGUGCAGUUGAGCCAUAUAUACAUACGUGGUUCGCCCGGUAUCUUUGCGCUGGGCUCGACAGCUCCGUCAGUUAGUCCACCCACGUCCCUGCCGCACCAACCCGCUGUUGGCUCCCCCCGACGAAGCAAUGCAGAUCUCCCUGUUGGUCCCGAGCCUCGUCUCCCUUUUCUGUGCGUCUGCCGCGCUGGCCGCGCCUCCCCACGGUCGCGAAGCGCCGCCCCCACCGGGCGCAGAUGGCUGCUGCCAGUUUGACUCGUCAAAGACGCCGGAAUGCUGGGGCAAGUUUAACCUCUCGACGAACUACUACGACGACGGCCCCAGCACUGGCGUCGUGCGGGAGUACUGGUUCGAUGUCGUCAACUCCACCAUGGCCCCUGACGGGGUCGAAAGGACGGUGCUCUCCAUCAACGGAACCGUGCCGGGGCCUACCAUCAUAGCAGACUGGGGAGACACCAUCG